AUGAGUAUAAUGGUCGAGAGACCACCUCUACCACCACGAACAACUUCCAGUUUGCCUGGACGAGUAACAUUCGAAGGAGCACAAACAUGGCGGGAAUCGUUAGCCGCCUUCAUAGCAAUCAUUCUCGGAAUAGCAGUUUUUAUUUCUGUAUGCGUUCUAGGAUUCUAUGCUUAUCGUGAUAAAGGCGUCUAUGAGGAGCUAGUUGAUUAUUUGGAUAAAACUAUAAGCAUUUCAAAAAUCAAUUACAAUGCCUUAUUGGGAUUAUAUCAAUUGAAUACGAAAGAGUUAGAAGUGUUGAGUAAUCAACGAACGUACAAAACCAUUCUAUGGUGUUUCUUAGCUGCUGAGUUAGCAUGUUACUUGUUCAUAUCCUUAGUUGUCCUAUUGUACUUCACAACAGCUGUUGGAAAUGGCCGUUUGAAAAUCUUCUAUUGGACUCUCGUUAUUAUUGGAGCUUUCUAUUGUAUUGCUGAUAUUCAUUUAUUUACAUUCGUCAUCAUGCCAUAUUCCGCUCAACUGCCCAACAGUACUGAACAGCUUCUAAAUCAUGCAAUUCCACACAAUCCCGGAGGCUUACAACAGAUGGAAAUGAGAUUCUCAUGUACCUUUGAUCACAACAUCUAUGCAACCAAUAAGAGACGAAUGAAUCCCAAAAAUACAUGUGAUCCACACAUUGAGAAUUCAUUUAUUUCAAAGCCAAUCCUAUUCGUUUUGCUUGUUAUUCGCUUGUUACCUAUCGUCAUCGGAGUUUUACUUAUGGCUAAGCGAACACCAUUCAGUGAAUUAGUUGCUCAAACAAUUGAGAAAAUCAAAUCACCCAAGAAGCAAAGAUUAUAUGUAAAGAAGCAACAACAUGUACAGCAGCAUUCAACAUACUCUCCGGAGAAGAAGAGCACAACGUUUGGUGUGACAACUCCAAUACGUACAGCCAGUACACCCUUACCACCUAUCACAUCACCAUCUAUAGAUCAUAGCAUAAGCUAUAAUAACGCUGCAUAUUUGGCUACAUCAGCACCCGGCAUGAAUUCAUCAAGAAGCAGCGAAAUUUCUCGAAUUGACGCCCAUGAUCUCUUCAGAACAUCAAUUUCUCAUCACGCCAGUGGAAGUCUUCAAUCUGAAGUUUGA